AUGGCCGCCACCAAGGAAUACGCUCUCGUCUGCCUCGAGAACCCUCUGCUUGACAUCCAGGCAGUCGGCGACAAGGCCCUGCUCGACAAGUAUGGCCUCAAGGACAACGACGCCAUCCUGGCCGAGGAGAAGCACAUCCCCAUCUACGAGGACCUGCUGAGCAACUACGACGCCAAGCUCAUCGCCGGAGGCGCCGCCCAGAACACGGCCCGUGGUGCCCAGUACAUCCUGCCCCCCAACAGCGUCGUCUACUUCGGCGGUGUCGGCGACGACAAGUACGCCGCCACCCUGCGCGACGCCGUCAAGCAGGUCGGCCUCCGCGUCGAGUACCGUGUCGACCCCAAGAUCCCCACCGGACGCUGCGGUGUCGUCAUCACCGGGCACAACCGAAGCCUGGUCACCGAUCUGGGCGCCGCCAACCACUACGACCUCGAGCACUUGAAGAGGGACGACAUCUGGAAGCUGGUCCAGGGCGCCGAGUACUUCUACGUCGGAGGAUACCACUUCACCGUAUGCCCCCAGGCUAUCCAGACCCUCGGCGAGGAGGCCGCCGCCGCCAACAAGGCCUUCAUUGUCAACGUGUCGGCGCCCUUCAUCGCCGAGUUCUUCAAGGACCCGCUCGACGCCUCCUCCAAGUACUGGGACUACGUCAUCUGCAACGAGACCGAGGCCGCCUCCUACGCCAAGUCGCACGCCCUGCCCUACGCCGAGACUGACGUCGCCGCCAUCGCCAAGCACCUGGCCAACCUGCCCAAGGAGAACUCCAAGCGCGCCCGUGUCGCCGUCAUCACCCAGGGCACCGAGCCCACAAUCGUCGCCCAGCAGGGCAGCGACGACGUCAAGCAGUUCCCCGUCCACGCCAUUGCCAAGGAGCAGAUCAACGACACCAACGGCGCCGGUGACGCUUUCGCCGGUGGCUUCGUCGCCGGCCUGGUCCAGGGCAAGUCUCUGGAGGAGUCCGUGGAUAUGGGCCAGUGGCUGGCACGUCUGAGCAUCCAGGAGUUGGGCCCUUCAUACCCCUUCCCCAAGCAGACCUACGCCAAGGCAUAG